AGGAGAAGAGAGCCGAGGGGAGGUGGAGUCUGGAAAGGGAGAAGAAAGGGGAGAGGAGGAAAACGGGGAAAGGCAGACACAACACAAACGGGCCAGGACGGCGGAUGAUUUUCGCUCUUAGAACCUCCAAUACAGCUAACUCAAGAGCGGCGGCACGGGAGAUAAGAGCAAGAUGAUAACGCCCUACUUCCUAGAGAAUUUCUGGGGGGAAAAGAAUAAUGGCUUCGAUGUGCUCUAUCACAACAUGAAGCAUGGCCAGAUUUCCACCAAGGAGCUGACAGACUUCAUCAGAGAAAGGAGUACCAUUGAAGAAGCCUAUGCCAGGUCCAUGACCAAACUUGUCAAAACAGCUGGAAACUUUUCUCAACUUGGCACAUUCGCUCCGGUGUGGGAUGUUUUCAAGAGCUCAACCGAGAAACAGGCCGUCUGUCACAUGGACUUGGCAAGGAAACUGCAGGAACUCAUUAAAGAAGUCCAGAAGUACAUAGAAGAGCAGGCCAAAGCACACAAGAAGACGAAAGAAGAGGUGGCCCCGACCCUGGAAGCCGUCCAGAACAUCCAGACCAUCUCUCAGAGCCUUCAAAAGUCCAAGGAGAUCUACAACGCCAAAACGGUGGAGCAGGAGCGCCUCCGCAAAGAGGGGGCCACCCAAAGAGACGUGGACAAGGCUGGAGUGAAAGCCAAAAAAGCCACAGAGUCCUACAAGUCCUACGUGGAGAAAUAUGCCACAGCCAAGUCUGAGUUUGAGCAGAAGAUGGCUGAAACUGCGCAGAAAUUCCAAGACAUCGAAGAAAACCACAUUCUGCAGUUGAAGGAGAUCAUCCACUCGUACUCGGAAUAUGUGGAGGAAACACAUGUGCAGAUCGGAGAGGUGCACAAAGAAUUCGUGAGGAAUAUCGAGAACACGUCAGUGGAGAGCCUCAUACAGAAACUGUCUGAAAGCAAAGGAACGGGGAAGGAGAGGCCAGGGCCCGUCGAGUUUGAAGAGUGCAAUGCAGCCAUCGCAACAGAAGGUGCCAAACCAAGAAAAAGAAUUCCAUUUGGAAUCCCAGGCCGAAGGAAAGACAAGGACACAGAUUCUAUGGAGUCCACAGAAGUUGAAGCUAAUAACACUGCUAAUGGUGCCCCCCCUGGAUAUUACGGGUCUAUAGACAUCCAGAACGCUAAUGUUCCUCAGGUUGAUGCGGAGGGUUUCUGUAUCAGACCAGAAGUCAACGAAAAUGAUGCCAAAGAUAAUUCCUUUUACUCCUCGAGCGACUCUGAGGACGAGGACGAGCCCAGGAGGUUCCACGUACAGAUUAAACCCGUUCAGCCCAACAACGGCACGCAUCACAACCGGGCGAACAUCGACGAGCUGAAAGCCUCCAUCGGAAACAUCAUCCUGUCUCCUUCCACCUCGGGGCAGAUGCGGAGGAACCAGUCCAGAUUGACUGGAGUAUCUGCAUUAAAGCCUAAGCCUCAGGGCUCUGGUGAUGAACUCGCCAAAUCCAGAGGGCCAGCAUCCUUCGAUCUCACUAAUAACGACCUCCUGUCUCUGGACCCAUUGAGCGCGCCUCAGCCCGGCGGAGCCUCCUCCUAUGGCCCAUCAUCUGCAGACCUUGCCUCUGUCUCCUUUUCAAUCUCUUCGUCUUCAUCUUGUCUGACGAAUGACUCUGACGUCUUCCUGCCAGAGGCAGCAGUGGACUUCGCGCCACAGCAGAUGCGCUCUCCUCCUCUGGCAGAGUGUCAGCUUUCCAAAGAUGUCUCCUCUUUCUCUUCUUCCUCAUCUUCACCCUGGCAGUCACCAGAAGCACAGUUUCAAGCUCUCAAACCCGCCCCAGCGAGAGCUCAAAGUGCCCCCACCACCCGUCCCACUGAACCAAUAGACCCCAUUAAAAGCCCCGGCGCUGCCAGCCCUCCAAAGAGCGCCGACACCGUCACGGCCUUUACCUGGUCCCAGAACCAGUGGACGGCUUUCAGUGAUAACUUUGCUCCGCCGCGUCACCUGAGCUCAUCUGUGAAGGAGCUGCUGCAUUCGGGCUCCGGCAGGACCAGCAACCUUCUGUAUGAUGAUGCGGCGGCCUGCAGAGAGGCCAACCCUUUCUGUUUCCCUGAUGUCUCCUCUGAUAGGCCAAAGAGCGCGGGCCCAUCAGGGAAACUGAUGAAUGUGCCAUUACCAAACCGACCCAUAACACCCCUGGCAACCGGAGCCCUCAUGCCCCCACCCCGACCCUCUUCCAGGCCCAAACUUCCCACUGCAAAACUCACAGGAAUCAAUGAAAUUGGACGCCCUUUCAGCCCGCCAAAAACAUCCAACGGCAGCCCUCCAUCGACCGCACCGCUCGCCCGAGCUGAGAGUUCGUCUUCUUUGUCCUCGAACGCAUCACUCAGCGCUGUGAACACCCCCACUGUUGACCUGCUCUCCCUGUCUCCUCUCUUUCCACUAAGCCAAAAAGAUGAUCUGUUUGUAGCGAAGCUGCCGACCUUUGAGAAGCGGUGCGAGACGCCAGCAGGAACGUCUCGCGGUCCCAGCCCUGUGACCCUGGCAUCCCAAGAUGCCUUGCCCAUUGCCGUGGCCUUCACAGAGUCAGUUAAUGCCUACUUCAAAGGAGCUGAUCCCACUAAGUGCAUUGUGAAGAUCACAGGAGACAUGACGCUCUCAUUCCCUAUGGGCAUCAUCAAAGUCUUCACGUCCAACCCGUCCCCCGCUGUCCUCACCUUCAAACUGAAGAAUGCCAGCAGGCUGGAGCAGAUCCUCCCCAACGUGCAGCUACUCCACAGUGACCCUUCCCAAAGUGAUUCAGACUCCAAGAGUUUCUGGUUCAACAUGCAAGCACUGACAACCUACCUCAGAAAAGCCUCCGAGCAGAACCCUUCAGCUUCUUACUACAACGUGGACAUCCUGAAAUACCAGGUGCAGUCUGACGGAAUCCAUUCCACCCCGCUCAACCUGGCCGUCUACUGGAAGUGCACACCAAGCACAACAGACCUGCGGGUGGAUUACCGCUACAACCCAGAAUCCAUGGACUCCCCAGGCUCGCUCACCAACCUGCAGGUCUUGGUCCCUGUAGACGGAGGAGUCACCAGCGUGCAAUCUCUGCCCAACUCCAUAUGGAGUUCAGAGCAGAAUAAGUGUCUCUGGAAACUAAGCGACCUCUCCAGUAAAUCAGAAAACGAAGGUGCGGGGUCUAUAAGGGCUAAAUUUGAUCUCUCACAUGGGCCGUCCAACCCGUCCACUCUGGCAGUGCAGUUCAUGAGCGAGGGCGCCACCCUGUCUGGAGUGGACAUGGAGCUGCUGGGCUCUGGAUACAGGCUUUCCCUCAGCAAGAAAAGAUUUGCCACCGGGCGUUACAUGGCGGACUGCUGAGGUAACCGGAAAGAAAAGCCCUUAUUUGACAGAAAACUUGGGGGAAUGGAGCUGCGGCGGUUCACACAGGAAGCGAGAAUCUCACUACAUAAGGCAGCACUGAGUAUUGAACACUGUUGAAAAAAAAAAGAAUAAAAGAAAACUUAAGAUGCGCUUUCAGGAAACGUGUAGAUAUAAAGUCUAAUAGUUCUGAUCUAUUCCUUUUUGUACAGGAAAGAAAGGAUUUAUUGACUAGCUAUAAAUCUUUAUUGUAUUUGAAAUCAUAAAACAAGAAAAAAAAGUGCACUAAUAAUCCUCCAAAUACCUUUUUUCCCUCUUCUCUGAGAAGAAAAAACAUUUUUUCCCUCCUAACUGUAAAUAACACCCCAGACCUGCUUUCUUUACUGAUGUUUGUGUUUUUCUCUGUCUGUGUCAAUUAUGUGCAAUGAAGCGAUGAAGGUGGAAUCCGUCUUUUACAUUACUCACAUCAGUCUGACCUUUAAAACAAUAUUGGAGUGCAAAAAAAAAAAAAAAAAAAUCUGACAUCAGUGCCUUCUCUUCUACUAUAAACAAAAGGCAAAAAAGUAAUUAGUUUUUUCUGAACAAUCACCUUUUCUGGAUUCUGAUCAGUUUUUCUUAAAACCCUCUAGAGUUGGAUUGUUUAGGGGUCAAACAUCCAGGGACAUUUGCACCAAAUUGAACUUUUAACCACCCUUCUGUGUGCUGUAAAUGAUAAUUGUACCUAAAUUUUAUACGUUUUUUGUGCACCGCAGCGCAGUUAACAACGGCGGCACCAACGUGCCCCGAUUGUGUUUUUUUACUUCUAAUACUUGGAUGUUGAAGGGAACGCGUCUCAUCUUCCAGAAGUGAAAUGGCGAUGGAUCUGCGAUUGUUUGCUGUCACCGUCUGCCUCACGGCGUUGGCUCAGAGCGUCUCAGUGGGAUUAAAAAAACGCCUCAUCCGGACCUCUCCUGUGGUUAGAAACUCUGCCGUUAAAGUUGGGCUGGAUCACUCACCUCUCUUGCCUUUUGCACCAGUGCAUGCUGGGAUUUUCUUCAGCAGGUUUUGCAAAGCAAAAAAUGUGGUCACUUUUGACUCUUGGUGCUUCUCUCUUGUCUUUUUUUAAUGAAGGGCUGCUUCUGCAGAGGCUGAUUUAUAUCUUUUGGAGGCAAAAUCCAUUAGUAGGUGGCCCUGUGGCACUUUUUGUUGUUGCAUAAAUUGUCUAAAAACUGUGAUUCCAAAUUGCUGAAACCUUUUUAGGAGAGGAGUUUAAUACAAUAAUCAUUUAACCUGAAGCAACCCUCCAAUAGAAUAGUAGAAAAAGUUCCUAUUUUUAAUUAGGUGUCGACAAAAGAAACCGCUUAUUAGAUGUUGGAAGGCAUUUGAAACCUUUAUUUUGGUCACAAAUUUAUCUUCAAAAAUGUACAAUUUCUUUUCCAUUUUCUCUGCCUCUGAAUUUUUUAAAAUACUUUAAAAAAAUCAGUCUAAGAAAGAUCUAACAUUGUUUACUUAAUGGAAAGCAUUCUGUUUAUUGCUUCUUUUUCUCCAAAAAGAUGAGCACAUUUUAAAAAUGGCUGUGUAGACCCUAGAACUGUUCAGUAUUAGCAAGCUGGUUCUUGCUGACCCGAUACAACUUUAAGAUUAUCCUUUAAAAAAAGCUCUUUCUAAAUUCAGCUUCUCUCUUUUCUAUUUGUUGUAUUAAACAACUAAAAAAACAACAUUGUGUAAGAUGAUUCUCACCUUUUUCCUUAUAUUUCAGUCACUUUUUGUCUAUUUUAUGAUUUCUUAUCGUCUGUAUUAAAUGUGUAAUAUAUGGAUAUAUACAAAUAUAUGAAAAUGACUA